AAUCCAUACACAUCGCUUCGAAAAUAAACCAUUCUCAGUUCAGCACGUCGAGAGUUGUAAAGUGAGGCAGCUCCAGACACACACAUCAGCCCUGGACUGACGGGCUCCAGCCCAGCGCUAUAUAAAGAGCAGCGCCGCGCUGCUGCGUCGCGGCAUUUCACUCAAGCCUUCCGACUGUGGAGCUCCUCUCGGACUCGUACUCACCGGUAUAUUACCUACCUUUUAUGACAACAUUUUAUUCAUGUUUAUUUUUAAUUAUCUGGAUAUUUAAAAACAUAUCAGGUUGUACCCAUCUGAGGUUUCUUCAUCUUGCUCAGGAGUUAUGAUUCUCAGGGGAAGCCCGUACUGGCUGGCAGUUUUACUGCUUGGGGCUUCCACACUUGCUCAAGAUGAAGAGGUCGAAGACCAGACCUUGUUCGACCUGCUGGAAGCCAGUCACAUCACACGCAAGACUGCUGGGAUUAAGCUCUUCCGGGGCCUGGAUGCAGACACCCCAGCCUACCGCUUCAUCAGUGUGGAGCACUUGCCCUCUGUGCGUGCUGCAGCCCUCCAGCGCCUCCUACGUCAAGUCCAGAACAAUGAGGGCUUCGUGCUGACGGCCACACUGCGGCAGGACCGUGGCUCACGGGGCACCCUGCUCGCCAUCGAGGGUCCAGGCGGCCGCCGGCAGCUGGAGAUCGUGUCCAACGGACGCACCAACACGCUGGACCUGGUAUACUGGGCCGACGGCUCGCAGAACGUGGUCUCCUUCGAAGACGUGGACUUGGCUGACUCUCAGUGGAAGAAUGUCACGCUGCACGUGUACGGCGAAGCGGCCACACUCUAUGUGGGCUGCAUCCUGGUCGAUGGCUUCAUCUUGGACAUGCCCUUCUAUGAACACCUCCGUGCAGAGGGCAGCAAGAUGUUUGUGGCAAAGGGCUCUGUGCGGGAAAGCCACUUCCGGGGUUUGCUUCAGAGCAUACACUUCAUCUUCGACACGCCAGUGGAAGAAAUCCUGGCCAGCAAAGGCUGUGAGAUUCCCAAGCCAGAUGAGGCCAACGUAGUGAGUGAGAGCGUUGAGCUGGACGAGGCGGAUCCCGGAAUCGCCGGCAAUGCCAUUGCCCCGAAGGAGGACGCAACCACCCCAGCUGGCACGCCGGCGGGCUCCGACCUCAUGUGCGAGCGCUCCUGUGAGGAGCUGCACAGCCUCUUCCAGGAGCUGCAGGGGCUGCGAGUCGUGGUGGGAAACCUCAUCGACGGCCUGCAGAAGGUGACAGAGGAGAACAAUCUCAUGAGGAAGACCCUGGCAAAGAUAAAGACUUCCAGUGAGCAGAUCUGCUGGCAGGACGGCCGACAGUUUGAGGACAAGGAGGAGUGGGUGGUGGACAGCUGCACCAAGUGUACCUGCCAGGAUGGGAAAGUGGUCUGCCGUCAAAUCAUGUGUCCUGCGGUGGCCUGCGCCAAUCCCACCUUCUCCGAUGGGGAGUGCUGUCCCGCGUGCCUGCCCAAUGACGGUGAUGACGGCUGGUCACCCUGGUCGGAAUGGACAGAGUGUUCGGUCACCUGCGGCUCAGGGACGCAGCAGCGUGGCCGUUCCUGCGAUGACAGCAGCAAUGCCUGUGCCGGCCCAUCUAUCCAGACACGCCGGUGCAGCCUCAGCCGCUGUGAGAGCCGUGUCCGACAGGAUGGUGGGUGGAGUUUGUGGUCACCGUGGUCCUCCUGCUCAGUGACAUGCGGCGAGGGCCAGGUCACCCGCAUCCGGCACUGCAAUGCCCCCAUGCCUCAGCGGGGGGGCAAAGACUGCCAAGGCACUGGCCGGGAAACGCAGAGCUGCCAGGCGGACCCAUGUCCCAUUGAUGGUGGGUGGGGUCCCUGGUCUCCAUGGGCAACCUGCUCAGCCACCUGUGGGGGGGGUCUGAAGAGCCGUAGUCGGGAAUGCAACAGCCCACCCCCCCAGCAUGGGGGCCGAGGUUGCAUGGGUGAACCCAGUGACAAUGAAGUCUGCAACAGGCAAGAUUGUCCCAUAGAUGGCUGUCUCUCAAACCCCUGCUUUGCCGGUGUGGAAUGCCAUACUGGUGCUGAUGGAUUCUGGGAGUGUGGUCCCUGCCCUCUGGGUUUCCGUGGCAAUGGUACCUUCUGUGAGGAUGUGAAUGAGUGUGACAUGGUUUCAGACCUGUGCUACAAGGUGAUCGGAACAGAGCGCUGCAUCAAUACAGAACCCGGGUUCCAUUGCCUGCCGUGCCCCCCCAGGUACAAGGGCACUCAGCCUUAUGGCUUGGGGGUGGAGGCCGCCAAGAACAGCAAGCAGGUCUGCAUCGCUUUGACCUACACCUGCCUACAUCCUGGUCAUAACAGCACACACCUGCCUCAGAUUAUAACCCCCUCACUGCUCCUCUUAUACUGCUUAGAGUGCUCAAAGACUGCAGCAUCCUGCCUAACAGUUCUGUCAUCUUCUUUCCUGGAGACAUGUGUGCCUCUAAAGCACUUUGGUCUCUCCAUCAAAUUUCAGGACAACUGCCCGCAUCUGCCCAACUCUGGCCAGGAGGACUUUGACAAUGAUGGACAGGGUGAUGCCUGUGAUAGUGACGAUGACAAUGAUGACAUUGUGGAUGAGAGGGACAACUGCCCACUGCACUACAACCCACACCAAUUUGAUUAUGACAAGGAUGACGUUGGUGACCAGUGUGACAACUGUCCAUAUGAACACAACCCUGCGCAAAGGGACACGGACAACAACGGGGAGGGUGAUGCUUGUUCCAUCGACAUUGACGGAGAUGAGAUUCUGAAUGAGCAGGACAACUGUCCAUACUUCUACAACACUGACCAGAAGGAUACUGACUUGGAUGGUGUGGGUGAUCAGUGCGAUAACUGCCCACUGGUCCACAAUCCAGGACAGGCAGACAAGGAUAAUGACCUUGUGGGAGACCAAUGUGACAACAACCAGGAUAUCGAUGAGGACGGCUACCAGAACAACAUGGACAACUGUCCCUACAUCCCCAAUGCCAACCAAGCUGACCAUGACAAGGAUGGCAGGGGAGACGCCUGUGACCAUGAUGAUGACAAUGAUGGGAUCCCUGACGACCGAGACAACUGCAGACUCGUGCCAAAUCCAGACCAGCUGGACUCUGACGGAGAUGGCCGAGGAGAUGCCUGCAAGGAUGACUUUGACAAUGACAGCAUCCCUGACAUCCUUGACGCCUGCCCAGAGAACGAUGCCAUCAGUGUCACCGACUUUCGCAAGUUCCAAAUGGUUCACCUUGACCCUAAGGGGACGACACAGAUUGACCCCAACUGGGUGGUGAGAAACCAGGGCAAGGAGCUAGUUCAGACAGCUAAUUCUGAUCCUGGCAUCGCUGUGGGCUUCGACGUCUUCAAUGCAGUGGACUUCAGCGGCACUUUCUACGUGAACACAGAUCGGGAUGAUGACUAUGCCGGCUUCGUUUUUGGCUACCAGUCAAGCCGGCGCUUCUACGUAGUAAUGUGGAAGCAAAUCACACAGACCUACUGGGAGGAGAAGCCCUCCAAGGCCUUUGGCAUUUCCGGCGUCUCACUCAAGGUGGUCAACUCCACCACGGGCACUGGCGAGAGCCUCCGGAACGCGCUGUGGCACACGGGCAAUACCAAGCAGCAGGUCCGCACCCUCUGGCAUGACCCCAAUAACAUUGGCUGGAAGGACUACACCGCCUAUCGCUGGCAUCUCAUACACAGACCCAAGACUGGUUUCAUUAGGGUGGUGGUUUACGAAGGAAAGCAGAUCAUGGCCGACUCUGGUCCCAUCUAUGACAGAACCUUUGCUGGGGGAAGAUUGGGCCUCUUUGUCUUCUCCCAGGAGCUGGUCUUCUUCUCAGACCUGAAAUAUGAGUGCAGAGACAACUAGAUCCUGUCAGCUGGAAAUGGGGUUUUCCAGCCCCAGUCACCAUGCUUGCAAAGUCACACAAAGGACUGAAAAUGAUCCAGACCCAGUGCUGCAGCUCUGUUCUCAGUCUGUACCAUAAAGAUGCAGCGAAGCACAGGCCACGAUAUCAUGUUGUAGUACAUGCUCAUCGUCCACCGCCACCUCAACCUAUGACUUUUUUAUAAUCCUCAGCACCUACUCCUGUUCUACCUAAAAAAAUCAGAAGCUGAUAUUUCCAGUAAUAAUCCAGGCAGGACAGAAGCCUUCAGAUCAGAAUUUCAUAAGCCUGCAGUAACUAUACCCUAAAUUCCAUUAUACAUAAUUUUUCUACAAAUAUAUGCCUGGGUGAAUUAUACAUUUUUUUACUGAACUUAUUACCAUUUUGAUGCUAUAAAACCACCAUUCUAUGAUUUUUUUCAGAUUUAAUUGCACGGUUGUCUACAAGUUGUCAUUUUUAUUUUUAAUGACUGCUAAGUGCCACAUUGCACCCAUAAACGACACGGUGACAUUCACUUAGUAACUGAGGGUUUCCUCAUUAAUGCAGCAUCACAGCAUUCCGUUUCGAUUGCACAAAUUUGAAGGUAAUUACAUAAUUUUCUGUUACUUUGAAUGAGUACUUUAAAAAACAUUUUAUGUUCUGUUUUUAGUAAAUUUCUGAUUGUUUUUUAGUCAAUCCUAAAAUUAAAAAAGUGUGCUAGCUUUUUAUAUUUUAAUUGCUUUAGAGGGACAAAAUGUUUAUAAGAUUGUAUUAUAAUUUCUUCUGUAAAUUAUUCACGUUUUGCCUCAGAUGUUUUUGUUUUAAAAUUAGACAUCAGUUGUAUAUAAUUAUUUAUUUGUUUACACUGACAAAAUUUUUAAUGAAAUGCUAAAUGUCAUUAUCCAAAUUUUCCCAAGCAUAACAAUAAGAAAGUGGUGCAGCUUGCAGACAGGUUCCUGGUUUUACAUUUGCUGAAAUGGCUUCAAACAAGUAUAUUAUCUGAAGAUGUUAUGUCCUCCUCUUUAUGGUGCCUUUACCCUAAAUCAAUGAAUUAUGGAUUUGUUAAGGUUUCACUAUAAACUUGGGUUCACUUUUUUAAAGUCAUAUUUAGAAAAAGAAAAAAAUACAAAAAAAAAUAAAAAAAAUACAACACACAUGCUUGGAUCAGAUUACGACGUGAUGAAAUCUGAUCUCCCGAGGCUUACUGACGCAGUUUUUAGCUUUCAAACACCCCCCUGCUGGCGGCUUUAUAGCAUGUUGAAGCUGAGGGGUUCGGAUCCCUAUCGGCCAGAUCGCGGUGCUCAUGUUUAUGCAGACCUCCGCUGGGCUCUCCAAAACCUGCAUUCUCCCUAACGUUUAAUAAUCACGACGGUCUGCUUUCUCUUUCUGUCAGAUUUCAGCGGAAACAAACGGCCGUAUGUAACAGGAAUGAAAUUACACUGUUUCUCAAAUAAACCUUUUUUUCCUAGA